GCCGGGCGGGGCGGCUGGGACCGGACCGGGCGGGACCGGCGGCCCCGGGUGUAUGCGGCCGCCGGGAGCCACGCCGGACCCGCCAGGGCCGGGCAGCCAGGAAACGGGCGCUGACGACUGACAGGGAAGCUGCCCCCGGAGCAGCAUGGACGCCCCCCGAAGAGACAUGGAGCUACUCAGCAACAGCCUGGCGGCCUACGCACACAUCCGCGCUAACCCCGAGAGCUUUGGCCUCUACUUCGUGCUGGGCGUCUGCUUUGGCCUGCUGCUGACCCUCUGUCUACUGGUCAUCAGCAUCUCCUGCGCGCCCCGCGCGCGGCCCGGGGGUCCGGCUUCUCGCCGGGACCUCCGCAGCAGCACAGUAGAGCCUGAGGACGACGAUGAGGAUGAUGACGACACGGUGACGCGACUGGGCCCCGACGACACGCUACCUGGCCCGGAGAUGGCUACGGAGCCCGACGGUCCCCUCAGCGUCAAUGUUUUCACGUCUGCUGAGGAACUGGAGCGCGCGCAGCGGCUGGAGGAGCGCGAGCGGAUCCUGCGCGAAAUCUGGCGCACAGGGCAGCCAGACCUUCUGGGCACCGGCACCCUGGGGCCCAGCUCUACGGGCACACUGGGCCGCAUGCACUAUUACUGACGCCUUACUCAGGUGCAUGGUGCAUGGCGCUGAGUACUGGUCAGGCAACUGAGCCUAGAGCUGCCCUAGGACCUUUGGACUGCCUCACCCCCCUCAAAUUCCCCUGGUGCUAUUGGAUAUGGGCGCUACCUUCUGGGAGGCACCCUUCCCUGGGCCGGGUGGGAGGAAGAUGCAAAGUCCCCACCUUGUCUCCUUAAGAAACGAUGAAGAGGUGAAGUGACCAAUGAAAGCAGCAUUCUCAGUGA